AUGGGUGUUCAUCGCCAAACAUUUUAUUUCCCUUCUCAACGUUUAUUUCUCCCUUUUAAUCAGGAUUCUCUUCAUUCUGAAUGUUUACGCCGAAAUGCAGAUAUUCAUUCACUUAUUUCUCAAUUGGGACAAUUACAACGUUCCCAACUCGAACAAAUUCAGACAAUUCCACUCAAUACAGAAAAAGAAGCUAGAAGUCAUUUUGUGGGGAUGAGAGAAAAGCUUAAUUCUUAUUCAACUGAAGUGGCAAAGCAAAUAGCUGAGGCGGAUAGGUUAUGUGUUGAAUGUGCGGAUUCGCUUAGUCCUGAACAGUUUCACCUCCUUAAGGAAAAUCGACAUUGUUUACAACAUACAUUCGAACGUUUAGAACGACAAGCUGAUGCUAUACUUGCUCGUUUAGAUUUAGCAACGGCUCUCUUGUUAGAAUUUACUUCACGUGCAAGCUCAUUUCAAUCUUGGGUUUUUGAACAUGGAAGGCAAUUGGAUUCGUUGAGAGCAGAAUCAGGCGAUCCAGAAAGAUUGGAUUCCAUAAGAAGAGCAUUUGAAGAUUUGAAUGAGCUAAUUUUGUCUAAAAGACCGGAGUUAAACUCAAUUGAACAGUUGGCCCAAAGAAUUGAAGUUGAAAUAGCUGCCUAUGUUGAUGAAAUAAAUGACCGGGGAGGCGGUAUGUCUUCACCUAUUUGUGAAGGUAUAGCUUUGGUCACAACAACACAGCUGUUACAACAACACCAAGUUCGUGAAACUGUUUUGAGGGCGCAAGAAGAUUAUGAGUCAUUAUUAUCUGCAAAGCAAGAAUUAGAUCAGUUAUUACAAGGAUUAUCUAGUAAUUCAAUGCAAUAUCAACAAAGACUUGCAGAAUGGUUAAGCCAUGCAGAGAAGCAAAUAUUACUUUUUAAUGAUCUACCAAUUCAUCCAAAAGAAUUAACAGAACAAAGUGAAGAGUUAGCUGAUUUUGUAAACGAAAUUUCAAUACAGGCACCGCUAUUAGAGAAUGUUAUUGAGAACACCCGAGAAUUGUUUGCACACCUUGGGGGAAGUGAAGCUAUAGCUUUACAAAUGCGUACAGAUCAGUUAAAACAACGUUAUAAUAAUUUGGCUGAUGAUGCUGAUUCAAAAAUUGCUAUUUGGGAAAAAGCACUGACUUUAGCCGAGAAUUUGUUAGAUGGACAGACUGAGUUAAAAAAACAUUUGGAAGAUGUUGAAGAAGACUUACAAAAUUUAUCUCAAGUUUCUCUAGAAGAACAAUUUCAAUUAAUUAGUACAAUAGAAUCAGAUUUGGGCCCAGCACGAGAACAAUUAGAAUCUAUUCAAUUAAUUAGUUGUGAACUUCAGAGAUUAACCACAGAAAGUAGAGCUAAUCAAUUGGCAAAAGAAAGUGCUGAAUUACUCAGAUAUUUUAAUUCUGUGGCAGAUACAGUUACUAAAAAGGCUGAAUUGUUGAGUAAAGCCGAACGCCAAUCUCGACUAAUUUUUGACGUUCUCGAUUUUUGGAUUGACUGGUUUAACGAAGUUCAAGAACAAAUAGUUAAUGCAGAAAAGCCGGCUGUAGAUAUAGAACAAUUAAAACAACAAUUAAAACAACAAAGGCAAUUAAAUGAUGAAAUAUCUUCUGAAAGAAACGGAUUGAGAGAUAUGAUUACUGAAGCUUCUAAAGUUGCUAGAGAUUUAAAUUUAACAUUGGGAGGGCAAGAAGGACAAGAAGCUUUAUUAACUAAAGUUGAAAGAACUAAGAAAAUGGCUGAAGAAACGGCUGAACUUGGAAGUGAAAGAACUGCUGAAUUAGAACAAGCUUUUGCCCUUGCAAAAGAACUUGAUUCGGAAUAUACAGAACUUAAUGAUUAUAUGGAUGGAUUUGAACGUGAAUUAUGUGCUUGUGACCCAAUAACUACAGGAAUGCCUGCUAAAGUUCUUUUAGCCCAACAACAACAUAAUAAUAAUAUUCUUCAACAAAUUCAAAGUCAACGUCCAAUGGUUAAUAAAUUUGAAAGAAAUGUUGCUGCAUUGCGGGAACUUUGUUCUGAAAUUGAUGAACAAAAUUUAAAACAAAUUUCUGAAAAUGUUGCUGAACGUUUCGAAGAAUUAGUUCAUGCAUUUCAAGAACGUGGUGAUGUUUUAACUUCUUCAUUAGAACAUUCUGCACAUUUGGGAGACAGAUUAAAUAUGCUUUUGAGUAAUUUAAGUGCAGCAUUAGAGCAAUUACAUUCUCAAGAACCUCCCUCAUCUCGCCCACCAAUAAUCCGAAGACAGUUAGCUGAAAUGAGUGCUAUGUUUGAUUUAUUACAUCAAAGAGAACCUUCUUUCUUGGCAAUGAAAACACAGUGUUCUGAACAGAUUGAACUUGCAAAACAACAAAAUUUAAAUUCUGGACAAGAACCAUCAACUUUAGCAGAAAUGCACCAACAAAGAUUGGCUGAAUUGGAUACUAGAUGGACUGAACUUAAACAAGCGGCUGAAGGAAGGAGAUUACAACUAGAAACGAUACUUCCUUUAGCUGAACGAUUUUGGAUUCAAUUAGACCUUGCCCAACAAUCUGUUGUCCAAAUUCGUCAACACACUGAUCAAUUUGGAAUGACUGCAGCAGCAGAAGAUUUAUUUGAUAGUCCAGUAAAGCAAUUACAACAAAGACAAAAUCAACUUCAAUCUCUUCAAAAUGGAAUUUCUGAGUGUUCUCAGGGUGUUCAACAAGCACAUUUGGGUGGACUUGCAUUGUGUAAUGAAUUGUUGGGUGCUGAAGAGGAACAAAGUUUUGUACAACAACAUUUAGCUGCAUUGCAGGCACAAUGGGAUGCUUUUCUUGCACAUUUUACUCAAAUGAGUAGUUCUCUAAGUUUGGCUUCACUUCAAUUCCACUCUUUACUGCAACAAUUAACUUCAUUCUUGGCUGCAAAAGAAAAUCAAGCUUCUAAUAUUAUAACUGACAAUCCUUUAAAUUCUGUUGAUUCUGUUAGAGAACAACUUCAAAUUGUUGAUAUGUUACGAAGGGAAUUGGAUGAAGCAGCAAUUGGUCGUGAACAGUUAAACCAAAUGGGAGCUGAAUUAUGUGCUGUUAUGGCUGCUACAAAAAAUACAUCUAUGGGGGAUACAGAUGAUCCAACUCUUUCAAUUAGACAACCACUGGGCGAACUCAAUCAACGAUGGAAUGUUCUAUUAAAACGUCUUUUGGAUAGCCAACAACGUUUAGAACGUGCACUUCUUGAUAUGGGACAGUUCUCUCAAGCACAUGCUCAAUUAGUUGAUUGGAUUGAUAAAACUUUAUCAACAUUAGAUGGGGUAGAAGGAGAAUGGCGCUUAUAUUCAGAUAAUGGAACAAGUGGUUUAAAACAUAUUGAGAUUGCUUUAUGCAAAUUAAGGAUACUUCAAAACGACAUUUCUGCCCAUCAACCAAGUUAUGAAGCUAUUUUAACUGCUGGAGCACAGAUUUUACGCCAAGAAGAUUCUUCUGCUGCAGCUAGCACACAGCCAAUGAUUGAACAUUUAGUCUCGAAUUGGUCAAAACUAGAUGAAAGAACACAACAAUUAUAUAAUGAAUUAGAACAAAAUAGGGCCGAAUCCACUUCAAGAAAUAAUGAUAUGGAAAAAUGGCGUUUAUGGCUGGCUGAUUUAUUAACUGAAAUGAGGACAAAUCGUCCGAUAGGAGGUCUACCUGAAACAGCGAUUGCCCAGCUUGACGAGUUUCGAGUAAUUCAAUCAGAUGUUGAACAAAGAAAGCCUCAAUUUGAAGAAUACUUGAAUUCCCUAGAAGAAUCAAUGGAAGAUUUGAAAAGAUCUGAAGUCAAGAAUGGAAAAGAAGACAGGACAAUUAGUCAAGUUAAAAAGCUUCGAGCAGAUUGGAAAACUCUUCAAGAAAAAUUAGCUGAACAAGAGAAGAAGCUACGACAAGCACUUGAAGAAGCAUUAGAGCUUUCCCAAGGGAUGCAAGAAAUGCAAGAUUGGUUACUUGAAGCAGAAAAUCAUUUGGCAAUGGUACCUCCAAUCUCAAGAUUAGUAGAAACACUCGAAACACAAUUGGGUACUCACAAAACAUUUAAUGAUUCUGUCCAAACAAAAUGUCAAUUUAUGAAAGAGCUAAAUAAUAAAGGUAUUAGAAUGCAAUUAAGCUGUGAAAAGAAGGAUGCAAUUCCUAUGAAAAAUAAAUUAGUUUCUUUAAAACAUAGAACAGACAAGCUUGCACAAAGAAGCAAUGAACGAUUACGUACAUUAACUAUUGCAUUGGAUGAUUCAAGGCUCUUUUUCGUCGCUCAACAAGAAUUAAUUGACUGGAUUGAAGAACAACUUAAAUUACUUGAUGAAAAGGAAACUGAAAAGAUGGGGACUGGGGACAGAAUAAGGGAAUUAUUAGAAGAACAUAAAAAAUUACAAGAUCAAAUAAGACGGAGAACAGGACUUUUUGAUGAAACUAGGCAAUAUAUUUGCUUUAAAUUAACUUUAAAAUUUUUUAUAAAAUUUUUAGAUUAAGAGGUAAUUUGUUGGGCGAACAUGCCCCGCCAGCAGAAAA